UUUUCUCGUUCCCCCUCAUCUUUCCCGCCCCAACGCCAUGGAGCCGGACACGGCCACAGUGGCAGUCACCGUGGCAGUCUCAGAUGCUAGAGCCAUGAUCGUGGUCAUAGAGGAUGAGCAACCAGGGCCAUCCACCUUUAAGGAAGAGGGAGCGGCUGCCGUCGCCACGGAAGCCACCACAGCCACUGAGAAGGGCGAGAAGAAGAAGGAGAAAAUCACUUCUUUAUUUCAACUCAAACUUGCUGCUAAAGCUUCCAAAUCUGAAAACGAAAUGGACCCAGAAUAUGAAGAGAAAAUGGCACCAAGAACUGAACAGGUGGUUGAAACUCAUUUUUUCCCCUGAAGGACUGUUUUUGCAGUUUUGAAAUAAAAGGGAGAA